AUGCAGUCUAGAAUCUUCGAUCCUGCUCCUCCUGGUACACGGAAAGUGGUUGUGGCUACAAACAUUGCAGAAGCUUCUUUGACGAUAGAUGGGAUUUAUUAUGUUGUUGAUCCCGGGUUUGCGAAGCAGAACGUGUAUAACCCAAAGCAAGGGCUAGAGUCGCUAGUCAUAACUCCAAUCUCACAGGCGUCGGCGGAGCAGAGAGCUGGACGUGCUGGUCGUACUGGUCCUGGUAAAUGUUACCGUCUCUACACUGAGAGCGCAUUCCGUAACGAGAUGCCUCCUACAUCAAUCCCUGAAAUCCAGAGGAUUAAUCUCGGAAUGACAACGCUGACCAUGAAAGCAAUGGGGAUCAACGACCUGUUAUCGUUUGACUUCAUGGAUCCACCGCAGCCGCAAGCUUUGAUCUCUGCUAUGGAACAGCUGUACAGCCUGGGAGCGUUGGAUGAGGAAGGAUUGUUGACAAAGCUAGGUAGGAAAAUGGCGGAGUUUCCUCUUGAACCGCCGCUCUCUAAAAUGUUGCUGGCUAGUGUGGAUCUCGGGUGCAGCGAUGAGAUAUUGACGAUGAUUGCGAUGAUCCAAACGGGCAACAUAUUCUACAGACCGAGGGAGAAGCAAGCUCAAGCAGACCAAAAGAGGGCCAAGUUUUUCCAGCCUGAAGGUGACCACUUGACAUUGCUAGCUGUAUAUGAAGCUUGGAAGGCUAAGAACUUCUCAGGUCCGUGGUGUUUCGAGAACUUCAUACAGUCACGAUCUCUACGGCGUGCUCAAGACGUGAGGAAACAACUUGUCAGCAUUAUGGACAAGUAUAAGCUAGAUGUGGUGAGUGCUGGGAAGAAUUUCACCAAGAUAAGGAAAGCAAUCACAGCAGGAUUCUUCUUCCACGGAGCAAGGAAAGAUCCACAGGAAGGUUACAGGACGCUGGUGGAGAAUCAAGCGGUUUACAUACAUCCGAGCAGUGCUCUGUUUUCAAAGGCAGCCCGACUGGGUGAUCUAUCACGAUCUUCUGAUGACGACCAAAGAGUAUAUGAGGGAAGUGACUGUGAUUGA